AUGAAAAACCCGUUGGCCUUGCCCACAAAGAUUCUCGGAGACUCUAUUGCGGCGGAAUGGAAUAGUCAAGACGGUAUCAUCCGUCCCCACGCGAUGCAUCUUACUGGCAUGGCCAACUCGGCAUUAGAUAAAGCAUACUUCAAUCAACGAUUUGGUACCAAUAUGGUAUCCACCCUGGGACUUGAGCCACCUGCUCAGAAUGCGGGCGAAAAUCUAGUCAAGUUCAGAUCGUAUCUAGAGUCGCUGAAUCCUUUCGAAAUCACGGCAAUGGAGAAUGCGAUCGCGAUGUGUCACUCCGCAAUCGUAGCCGUUGCAGUGAUGGAUAGACACGUCAGCGUGGAAAAGGUACAGACAUCCUCAUUGCAGCAUAGAGGAUAA